CGUGCUCACCGUCAGCGGGCUGUCUCAUUACGUUGGUGUCUCUUCAAGUCGGGCCGCCCCGUCGACAGCUCUUAUAAAACCGGCGGGUUCCUCCAGAAGAGUAGAGACAGACAGGACAGCAGCAGAGACAGAGACAGACCUCCAACAGAUUCCAGAACCACAGCAGCCAUCAGUCCACACUACAGCCAAGGAGAUCAAAAGAUGUUCACAAUGACUGGAAGAAUCUGCCUCCUUCUCCUCCUCUUGUUCGUCAAUGCAGAUGCGGCCAGCACCCAACAGGAGAGGAAGUUGGGACCGGCCAACGUGGCCCUGCCCGUCGCCAGGCCCAGUAGCAGCGUGCCCACCGCAAACGUGGCCAGCGGCGCCAAUGUCGCCCCGGUCCAGAACGUGCCCACCGCCAACGUGGUCAGCGGCGCCAACGUACCCAUGGUGCAGAACGUCGCCCCGGUCCAGAACGUGCCCACCGCCAACGUGGUCAGCGGCGCCAACGUGCCCUUGGUGCAGAACGUCGCCCCGGUGCAGAACCUCCCCCAGAUGCAGUUCAUCCCCACGAUGCAGAACGCACAGCUGAUGGCAAACAUGGCCAACAUUGGACAACAGCGGCAACUGGUCCCGCUGGGCACGGUUAACAUUCCCAACCUGGGUAACGUGCCGGUGUACGGGGUCCCUGUCUCCAUCAACCAGGCCGGGCAGCUGCAGAUGGGUACGGGGCUGGGCGGGCUCAACCUGGGCGGGCUGAACGGCGGGCUGAACCAGGCCGCGCUGAACGGCGGCGGGCUGAACCUGGGCGGGCUGAACCAGGCCGGAGUGAACACCGGCGGGCUGAACCAGGCCGCGCUGAACCAGGCCGUGCAGAACCUGGCGAACGCGUUGGGCGUGUCCUCGUCGGGCGUCACCCGGCAGAUGAGCGCCGUGUCGGUGCUGUCGGUGGUGGCGGCUAACCUGUGGUACCACUGGGGCUGCUAACCUGUGGUACCACUGGGGCUGCUAACCUGUGGUACCACUGGGGCUGCUAACCUGUGGUACCACUGGGGCUGCUAACCUGUGGUACCACUGGAGCUGCUAACCUGUGGUACCACUGGAGCUGCUAACCUGUGGUACCACUGGAGCUGCUAACCUGUGGUACCACUGGAGCUGCUAACCUGUGGUACCACUGGAGCUGCUAACCUGUGGUACCACUGGAGCUGCUGAGAGUCCCCCCUUCCCUCUUUGUAUAUGAGGCCGCAGGGAGACGGCUGUAGCCUGUGAUUGAGAGCUGCACUUCUGUAGGAUGAUAGGCCCGUUGUAUAUUAUAUGUAAUACCUUAUUUAUUAUUUAAAGAUUCUGAUCUAUUCUUGAUUGUUAGAAUGACUUGAACUAAAUUAUUGCCCUGAAUGUGUCCGCUGAACAAAUAUAAACAAAAUAAAGUUGUUCAAAACAAA